AUGGCAACUAUGGGAAUUGACGGCGGUGCCAAGCGUCUGGAAGAGACUCAAAAUGGGGCGCCACCUUCCAAGAAGGCCAAGAGUGUGGAAAAGCCCACAGUGAAUCCCUUGACGGAGAGGCCCUUCUCUGACCGCUACUACGACAUCUUAGAGAAGCGACAAAAACUUCCAGCUUGGGAAGCCAGGAAGGAGUUCUUGAAGCUCAUCAAGCGCAAUCAGACGGUGGUGCUUGUGGGCGAGACAGGAUCUGGCAAGACCACCCAGCUGCCCCAAUUUUUGCUGGAGGCAGGCUAUCACAUGGCCGGAGACAAGCCCAAAGGCAUAGCCUGUACACAGCCUCGGCGAGUGGCAGCGAUGAGUGUGGCUCAGCGUGUGGCGGAUGAAUUAGACACCAUGCUUGGCUCUCACGUGGGUUACCUCAUUCGAUUUGAGGACAAGACCUCCACCGAGACCAUCUUGAAGUUUCUGACCGACGGCAUGCUUCUGCGCGAGGCCAUGACAGAUCCCUUGCUGACGAAGUACAGCGUCAUCAUCUUGGACGAAGCCCAUGAGCGAACGCUGGCCACCGAUGUCCUCUUUGGACUCAUUAAGGAGGUGAUGAAGCGAAGACCUGACCUGAAGCUGGUGGUGAUGUCUGCUACGAUGGAUGCGCAGAAGAUGCAAGGUUAUUUUGACAAUGCUCCGCUGCUGAACAUCCCGGGCAGAACGCAUCCGGUGGAGAUCUUCUACACCUCCGAGCCGGAAAGAGAUUACUUGGAAGCGGCCAUGCGAACCGUUGUGCAGAUUCACAACUCUGAGCCGGAAGGGGACAUUCUUCUCUUUCUGACGGGCGAGGAGGAGAUCGAACAAGCUUGCAGGCAGCUGCGAAAGGAGAGUUCGCGCUUCCCGGAGAAUGGAGAGUUGGUUGCAGUUCCGCUCUACUCCUCCUUACCUCCAGCACAGCAGCAGAAGAUCUUCGAGCCUGCACCAGGGCCCAGGUUCCCAGGUGCACCCUCUGGAAGGAAGGUGGUGGUGGCCACCAACAUUGCAGAGACCUCCAUCACCAUCGAUGGCAUCGUCUACGUGGUGGAUCCCGGCUUCGCCAAGCAGAAGGUGUACAAUCCUCGCAUUCGAGUGGAGUCCCUACUGGUUUCGCCGGUGUCCAAGGCCUCUGCGGCGCAGCGCGCCGGGCGCGCCGGACGCACGCGGCCGGGCAAGUGCUUCCGUUUGUACACUGAGAAGGCCUUCACUACGGAGCUCACGGAACAGACAUAUCCGGAGAUCUUGAGAUCCAACCUGGGCGUGGUGGUGCUGACCUUGAAAAAGUUGGGCAUCGACGAUUUGGUGCACUUUGAUUUCUUGGAUCCACCUGCGCCGGAGACGAUGAUGCGAGCGCUGGAGAUGCUGAACUUCUUGAACCAUCUCAAUGACGACGGCGACCUCACGGAUGCCGGCGACCAGGCGGCGGAGUUUCCCUUGGAUCCCCAACUGGCAAAGAUGCUGAUCGAUUCGCCCAAAUUCAAAUGCAGCAACGAGAUUCUGUCCAUUUCCUCCAUGCUCUCCGUGCCCAAUGUCUUCGUGAGACCCAAGGAGUUUGGCAAGGAAGCCGACGAUGCAAAGAACCGCUUCACGCACUUGGAUGGUGACCAUUUGACGCUCCUGAACGUCUUCCAUGCGUACAAGCAGUAUACCACCGAGGGUGCCGACCCAGCACAGUUCUGCUAUGACAGCUACAUCAACUCCAGGUCCAUGAAAUCUGCUGAAAACGUCCGAGAGCAGCUGAAGCGGACCAUGGAGCGACUGCAGCUGCCAAUGGUGAGUACUGACUUCAGAGACAAGGAGUACUAUCCCAACAUCAGAAAGUGCUUGGUGGCAGGAUACUUCAUGCAGGUGGCACAUUUGGAGAAGAGCAGUCACUACUUGACCGUCCGCGACAACCAGGUGGUGGCGCUCCAUCCAUCUACGGGGAUCACCCACAAGCCCGAGUGGGUGCUGUACCACGAGUUUGUGCUGACUUCCAAGAACUUCAUCCGGACCGUGACCCAGGUCCGCGGUGAAUGGUUGCUGGAGAUCGCUCCCAGCUACUACGAUGUGAGGAACUUCCCAAAAUCCGAAGCCAGAACACAGCUCGAGCGAUUGCAGGCCAAAAAAGGCACAGCUCAGCACCAGUGACGCCGAGCUGCGUCACC